CUUGAAGGGAGGUUUAUGAUUGCUCCAAAGCCGCGUUGCUCUUGCCCGUCUCCUGGGAAAGACCCAAAGCCCCAUUCAUGCUCGGAGCCGCGGCUGCCUCACACCGGGGGCAGAAAUGCUGCAGUGAGCAGAGCGGGGAUAAUCCGUCCUCUGAGCCCGAGCAAGGGCUUUUCUCUAAUUCACCAGCACAGACAGGUUAAGUCCUGGCUUUCCUACCCGCUGCAGGGCAAGGCGCUUACAUCAACGGAGGAGUUUGUACGCAGGGUAGGGGAGACGCUGCUGGGCUCUGACAGUUCUGCGGCGUUCCUGGGGCUGUACCUCAUGUUCGGCUAUGGUGCCUCGCUGCUCUGCAACCUCAUCGGCUUCGCCUACCCCGCGUACGUCUCCAUCAAAGCCAUCGAAAGCUCCAGCAAAGAGGACGACACCAUGUGGCUGACGUACUGGGUGGUGUACGGCGUCUUCAGUGUAGCCGAGUUCUUCUCCGACAUCUUCCUCUACUGGUUCCCCUUCUACUACGUUGGGAAGUGUCUGUUCCUGGUGUGGUGCAUGGCUCCCGUGUCCUGGAACGGGUCGCAGGUGCUCUACCAGAACGUUAUCCGGCCCUGCUUCCUCAGGCACCACCAGACGGUGGACAACGUGCUUGGCAACCUCAGCACCAAAGCCCUGGACGUGGCUUCCAGCGUCACCCGAGAAGUCCUGCAGACUCUGGUCAGCAGCAGAGCCCGGCUGGCGGCCGAGGUGGCACCGCAGCUCAGCCUGUCUCCUCCGGAGCAGCCAUGAACCUGGCGCAGGAAGCGGAGAAGAGCAAGUGAGAGCGGCCGCCGGCGCCACCGGCACCACGACCGCGGGCCUGGGUUCCCUGCCCAGUCCCAUGCCCCACCGCUGCUGUCCCCAAUAAACCCCCCUCGGUGUUCCCCGGU